AUGGCCGAGCCUACAGUUCUUAUCAUCGGCGCCGGAACGUUCGGUAUUUCCACAGCCUACCAUCUCGCUCAGACCUACGAAGACCCUAGUCGUGUAACCGUAAUUGACCGCCGCUGUCGCAUUUCAUCCCCCAGCACAACAGAUCGCGCAGCCGCCAUAGAUGUCAACCGUAUCAUUCGAACAGAUUACGUUAGCCCACUAUACUGCAAUCUUGCCAAUGAGGCCAUUCACGAUUGGUUUUGGAGUAAGGAAUUGGGUCACUUCUUUCAUAAGACCGGUUGGAUAGUGCUUGAUCAAAAGGACAACAACUUCACCAAGAGCGUUCGUAGGACGUUUCAGCUACGUGGUUCCGAUUACACUGAGGAUGUUGACUGUAAGGACUUGGGAAAGCAAUUUGGAUUUCUGCAAGGGUUGAAUACAAACCUACUGGGGAAUGGCUAUUUCAAUCCAGAAGCCGGAUGGUGUGAUGCUGCUUCCGCAACUGCAAACUUCAUGGCUGCGGCUGAGGCGAAGGGGGUAAAUAUGAUAACGGGUGAAGUUACGGAACUAUUAUUCGACUUUGAAAGCAGGAAGUUGGCAGGAGUCAUGACUACUACUGGACAGAAACUAACGGCAGAUAAAAUUGUAAUAGCUGCAGGUGCGUGGACGAGCAAUCUUGUGUCCCCAGUCGAGGAGGCCUUAGGGUUGGUAGAACGGGAUCGCAUCGAGAAUCAAGUCAAGGCAGUUGGGAGACUGUCAGCUUAUUAUACGCUCUCGGCAGAAGAGACAAACCAUUUGUGCGAAGUCGGUUUGCCGGUCUUAGCAUAUGCUGGGUGGGGCAUACUUACUCCACCAUCUCACGACAACCGAAUUUUGAAGAUUAACGAUCUGCGGACGGAGUUUGUCAACACAAUUACCAUGCCUUCGGGAAGCCAAAUUUCUGUACCUUCUGACCAAGGACAGUUUGGCGUCUCUGAAAAGCUGAAAAAAGAGGGUACGAAGCUCUUGGAUAUGAUGGUGCCCUUGCUUGAGAAGGGUCGAAGUCCGGACCGUUGGCGUAUUUGUUGGGAUGCCAAAACCCCGACAGGAGACUGGCUUCUCUGUAAACACCCCUAUUCGGAACUUCAAAAUCUGUUUCUGGCUGUGGGUGGUAACUUUAAUAGUUACAAAUUUUUGCCUAUUGCAGGCAAGUACAUGUGCAAUGUAUUAAAUGAAAGGAGUAAUGGAGCUGAAAAAGAUAAAGCAUGGUGCUGGAAGAAAGAGGAGGCUCUUAAAAACAGUGAUCCCAAGGAGAUUGGCUCCGUGGCACGGGCAACGGCCUUACCUGAGCUUAAAUCUUUUGAAGAUGGAACCCGGCCAAGAUUAUAA